AGAAAAUGUUUUCUGCAAUCAAGACUAAAUCACAGCAAUUGUGGAAUUUUUUGUGUUCCUCCUUACCAUGUAUCAAACCAGAGUUGAAGGAAUCAGGAAUAAAGAUUCCCAUGGAGGUAUUUUCAGAGGAGAGGAAAGUCUACCAGGAAAUGGAAAUUCCGAGGACUGAAUAUCCCGACCCUGCCAUCCAGCAAGGACUGGAAGAGAGCACGGGGAAACGAAUGGAAGAAGGGAUAAAGGUAAGUCUGGAACAAAUCAUAGAGGAAAGACUGAAGGAAGACAUAAAGGUAAGUCUGGAAGAGAUCAAAGAGGAAAGACAGGAGGAAAGCAAAGAGGAAAACCAGAAGGAAAGCAUAGAGGAGAGGAGGGAACGUUUGAAGAAAAUAGCCCUCGAUUUAGGUAAGUCUGUAUGAGGAAACUCUUAAAUAGUGAUAGUGAUGAAUUAGCUACAAUCAAAAUGUAUCGGGAUUUCUAAAUAUCACUAACUGCUCUGUAGUUUCUUAAUUAACAAUUAGAUAAAGUACAGUUGGGUGCAACUUCCCUGCAGUAGGUACCAAUGGCAUGGAAGCCGCCUCCAGCUGUAUAUAUCUACCAAUGGCAGUUAAAGAUUAGCUCUCACAUAUACGCACUGUAUACCAUCAUUACAAUUCAGUUUGCAGUAAGAACCAAGUAUUCUGUAGGUUACAUUCAAGAUGCCCAACAUGCAUGUUGCUGUACUACAGCUCCCAGUAACUCAAUAGCCUUCAAACAGUUUGUUUUGACAUCAUAUUAAAAAUUAAUGAUUAAGUGAAAAUUAUUUGUUCAUUAAAGGGACUGUAUAAUAUUCCCUAGCACACCCAUAUAUAUAUUCACUGGAACUUUUCCAUGCAAUGUUAUUGACCGCUGGACUAAUUUUGUUGCCAUUUUUCCAUAACAGAUGAAGUCGCUAAGGACAUCACAGACAGUGAUGAUACAGACAGCGAUACAGACACUGAUACAGACGGUGACAGUGAAAAUCAGUGUCAACAAGCGAUAGCCCAAUCAGUGGAAUACGCGGAGCACCGGAUAUAUUUUAAAGCCCGGUUGGAAAAAGCGAUUCAGGAAAAUAAAAUCUUUUGGAUGCAUUUUGACAGACCAGGCAUCCAGGAGGGCCUGGAGAGGAGAGGAUGGAUACGGAAAAUAUCAAGUACCAUUGAUGCUGGGGCCGAGGACACUUCUUUCCGUGAUCCAGACAGUGAUACAGUGGUGACACUUCCUUAUGCUGUAACGCCCACAUUCAUCUGGGUACAUUUUGGUCUUCCCUACACUCUUCUAGAAGAAGAUCAGAUUCUGAACUUCUUUGCCAAUAUAAACUGCUUUACAAGCAAGGCGGGACUAUGUGUGACUUUAAAGAGACUACGGAUGUUUACCGAUGUGAACGCGGACACAUUCUUCCCACGCUGCUAUGACCUAACAGAGAAAAAGGGGAAACAGUUAUUCGUUGAUGAUUUCAUGGCAACUGCAGCCCGUAGUAUCUUAAAAUGGGUUAUAAGAAGAAACCAGAAGACUUCUCAAGUAGAAGAAACUACAACUGACGGCUGCACUUCAAUUGAAUCAGUUCCAGUUGAAACUAUAUUAGCAGCCUUUAAGAUCUGUAAAAUGUGCCUGGGUAUCUCAGAAAAUGACGACAUAGACAAGGAAUGCGAAGAAAUGGAUACCGAUUGGACAGAAUUUCGAGAGCGCUACUAUCGAGUUAUACAUGAUGGUGCCGACAUUGAAAAUUCUGCAUCACAUGUUGACCGAUGCUGUAGUGUCUUACAUAAGAUUAAGGCAAUACACCCACAGCUGGAUAUAGAUGGAGAAAGAAAUAUCUGGAUCCUUAAACCAGCAUUUCUCUCUCAAGGAAGAGAUAUAAUGUGCAUGAAUCGACUGAACGACAUAAUCGAUCAUGUGGAAGACACUCAAUGCUCUUCUUUUGAAAAGAGAUGGGUGAUUCAAAAGUACAUCGAGAGGCCACUUCUUAUUUAUGAAACUAAGUUUGAUGUACGCCAGUUCUUCCUAGUAACGGACUGGGAACCCUUAACAAUCUGGUUCUAUAAGGUGAAUUACAUUCGUUUCUCAUCACAGCCUUUCAACUUGGAGAAUCUAGACAGAUCCAUACACCUGUGUAACAGGUCUAUACAGAAGUACCUUACAAACGCUCCAAAUCGUCACCCUGACCUACCAGAGAUCAAUGUAUGGUCCAAUAAACGAAUGCAGGAGUACCUACGUAUGAUAGGUGCAGAACAUGCCUAUGAAGAGGUGAUGAUGCCGGGGAUGAAGAAAGCCCUGCUUCACACUCUGCAGGCUUGUCAGGAUACAGUGUAUAAAAGAGAAAACAGCUUUGACUUUUAUGGUGCUGAUUUCAUGUUCGGAGAGGAUUUUCAGCCGUGGUUGAUUGAGAUCAAUUUCAGACCGGAUUUAUCUUCACCCUCCGAAGUGACUGAAGGGAUCUUUAAAAAUCUAUUAGAGGACAUCCUAAAAGUUGUCCUUGACCGAAAAACUGAUCCCAACUGCGACACAGGAGCAUUUGAGCUUAUACAGGAACAGCCUUAAAAUUGGAAUACCAAAAAGAAAAAGAAAGCAGACACAGAACCUAGAUGGACCAGGGAAGUACUGUUCUGUGUCUCUAGUGCCCUAUGCAGCGACACUGCUGGCAGCAGGGAGGGUGGGUGGAGGGCCCCGAUACAGCAGGUUUUUAUUAAUAAGGCCUACUGCAAGGGGAAGUCAUCCCUGGCUGCCAGGAACUGUAAAGUUUUAAAGGAAAUAUCUCUAGAGCUGCCCAGAAGACUUAUAUAUACAAGAUAUUGAAACAUCUAUGAUCAACAGACGUCUUUAUGUCAAUGUGGAAUGGGAACUCUAUUCCCAAAUUCUUCUAAAUAAAGGAAUAUAAAGUUUUAACACUA